GCAAUCGCUUUUGCUGUCGUAAGACCAUAGGUGAAGAGGUAACAUACUGUAAUUUGAUUUAACAUCUAUCAUCAUGUUCUGUCGAUUGUUAGUCACUUUCGCGUCGACGCUUCUCGUCCUCACAAUAAUUGAAUCAGUGAGGGCGGGCCCUUACUCGAGGGAUAUUGAAGGAUACAAGAUGGAACCGGAUCUCGAAACAGGAGCCAAGGUAGCGCAAUGGACCAAGGAAAUGAAAAUGAACCCUGAAGAAUUGGGCAACUACUUCGAGGGAGAUAUUAUGAUUUCAAACAUCACCACAAUAAACGGUGAUAGAAGAGCACAGCGUUGGAAUAAUGGCGUUGUUCCCUUCGAAAUUAAUGGUAGAUUCAAUCAAGAUCAAAUGAAUAAUAUAUAUCGUGCGAUGAACGAUUUUCAUAGUAAGGCAUGCAUACGAUUUGUACCAAGGACGAACCAAUAUGAUUAUAUCGACAUUCGAAACGAUAAUUCUGGAUGCUGGAGUUACGUUG